GUCCUGUGUCCAUGAAACAAGAUGGAGAGAAGAUAGUAUAGAGAAGUGGUGGUCUCGUGGGCAGAAUGGCUUUCCUGGACAACCCAACAAUUAUACUUGCUCACAUCCGGCAGUCACACGUGACCAGUGAUGACACAGGGAUGUGUGAAAUGGUCCUGAUAGAUCAUGAUGUUGACCUAGAGAAGUUUAAUCCCUCAUCAACAUGUGGAGAUAGUGCUUCAGAAUCACAGGGAAGCAAUGGUGAGACUCAGGGCUAUGUAUAUUCCCAAUCAGUUGACAUUACCUCAAGCUGGGACUUCGGAAUUAGAAGACGAUCCAACACAGCUCAGAGACUAGAACGUCUGCGGAAAGAGAGACAAAAUCAAAUAAAAUGCAAAAACGUGCAGUGGAAAGACAGAAACACUUCUUACUCAGCAGAGGAGCUGAGCUCACUAUUUGAAAAAAAGAAUUUCAGAGUAAGAUCUCCCUGUUCUGGGAAGCAGUCGAUUCUGUCUGUGCGACUUGAGCAGUGUCCACUACAGCUGAAUAACCCCUUCAAUGAGUACUCAAAAUUUGAUGGCAAGGGCCAUGUUGGUACCACGGCAACCAAAAAAAUUGAUGUCUACCUCCCACUGCAUGCAAACCAAGACAAACUGCAGCCCAUGACAGUUGUGACGAUAGCAAAUGCCAAGGUGCAUGACCUGAUUGGACUAAUAUGCUGGCAAUAUACAAGUGAGGGACGGGAACCAAAACUGAACGAGAACGUCAGUGCCUACUGCCUCCAUAUUGCUGAGGAUGAUGGUGAGGUUGACACAGAUUUCCCACCCUUGGAUUCCAACGAGCCCAUUCACAAGUUUGGCUUCAGCACUCUGGCGCUGGUUGAAAAGUACUCCUCUCCUGGCCUGGCAGCAAAACAGUCGCUCUUUGUCCGAAUAAAUGCUGCUCAUGGAUUCUCACUUAUUCAAGUGGACAGUAUGAAGGUCACCAUGAAAGAUAUCUUGCAAAAGGCCUUAAAGAGAAGGAAAGGAUCGCAGAGAGGCACAGGUCCUCAGUAUCGGCUGGAGAAGCAGAGUGAACCUAAUGUCCCAGUAGAUUUAGACUGUACCUUGGAGAGCCAGAGCACUUUGGAAUUCUGCCUUGUCCGAGAGAACAGUUCGAGAGGAGAGGAGAUCUCAGAGGAGGACCCUCAGAUCGACAUAGCCACGGUGCAGGACAUGCUCAGCAGCCACCACUACAAGUCCUUCAAAGUCAGCAUGAUCCAUAGGCUUCGAUUCACCACUGAUGUUCAGUUAGGUAUUUCUGGAGACAAGGUAGAGAUAGACCCUGUUACUAAUCAGAAGGCCAGCACUAAGUUUUGGAUUAAGCAGAAACCCAUUUCAAUCGAUUCUGAACUCCUCUGUGCCUGUGACCUUGUGGAAGAAAAGAGCCCAAGUCAUGCAAUAUUUAAACUUACAUAUCUAAGCAAUCACGACUACAAACACCUGUACUUUGAAUCAGAUGCUGCUACUGUCAAUGAAAUUGUACUGAAGGUUAACUAUAUUCUGGAAUCGCGAGCAAGUACAGCCAGAGCAGAAUAUUUUGCUCAGAAACAAAGAAAACUGAACAGGAGAACAAGCUUUAGCUUCCAGAAGGAGAAGAAAUCGGGACAGCAGUAGCACUGGGCCUCGAACAGAGCCUGACCGCCGUGUUCGGGGCGGGGGCUGCCGGUGGCCGGGGCAGAGCGGCGGAGCUCCAGCUGCUGAUGGCAGGAGCGGCCAGGGAGGACAUUGGCAGGACCCCAUGUCUGGUGGCUGUAGGAUGAUCCCUCCUUGGUGAGGGGAGGUCUCCCCUGUGACACAAAUAAAGAGCCAUAUCAGCCGGAAAGAAGACUGUUACGCUUCAGGUUCCUUUGAUUAGAAAUAAGAGAAUGACGUAGACUGGCAUCAUUUAAUUACUGUAUUAUGUACAAUCACAAGAAGAGAUGUGAUUACAUAUUAUUUCACAGCCUGGUUAAAAUAAAUUAUAUACAUCUGUAAUACACCCACGUACACACAGGUAUUGCUUGUGACAUGAUCAAAUUUCUAAAAACAAAAUGUAGGACAAAUGUAUCCAUUUUUACUAUUAAUAAACAGAUGUAAUCUUUUUCAAGGUC